AUGCAUGGUGGUAAUGUCACCUUAGGUCUAUUUGCGGGAGUUUCUAUCGAAGGUUCUGCUAUUAUUGAACGCAAAGAUGCAAAUUCAAAAUUAUAUCAUCGUAAAGUGACAGCUAAAGAACUUCUUUCUGGACAAGUACCGUCGCCGCCUCAAGCAGAUGUUUUAUAUAGAGCAUUAAAUGCGAGAGCUUCACGUCCUUCUGAUCAUGAAAUUAGAAGUUAUGAAGAGUCUUCAGAACAUGAAACAAAAAGUUAUGAAGAAUCUUCAGAACAUGAUGGUACUGUGUCAACAAGAUCAGCAGGGACUUCAAAAAGCUAUCGUCAUAGUCAACCACCACCACCACGAUAUUCUGCCAUAAUACCAAAAUCAAUAGAGGAAAGCACACGCAGUACAAAUCCUUUUGACGCUGACAAUUCAAAUUCUGCAAAAUCUGUUCAAAGAUCAACUUCUUUAUCUUAUAAUAAUUCAUCCAAACCUCCGCCGAUAGCACCAAAACCCAAGGUUCCUCCUCGUGCACCGAAGCCACAAACAGCUAUUGCAUUAUAUGAUUUUGUUGGAGAACAAGAGGGAGACCUUAGUUUUAAAAAGGGAGAUAUUAUCAUUAUUACAAAGAAAACAGAAUCAAACAAUGACUGGUAUGGAUUGAUUUAA